AACUAAGAAACAAAUCAUGUAAAAUCACUAUUUAAUUGUGAACUCUUUCCCCUCUUCCAUUUCAAAUCUAGUUAAAAAACCAAACCAUCUAGCUCCUCCAUAUACCCUCACAAGUCUAUCCCAAUGAAAGAAAACCAAAUAACAUCAAAAAAACAACAAACAAUGAUCAUGAACAAGCUCAUAUUAUCAUGUAUUUUCUUCAUCUUUCUCUUGUACUUGAUACUAAGAGCAAACUCCCCAUCUUUCAAGCUAAAAAACUUAUCAAUAAGCUCAUGCAACAAGAUUCCACCAUCUCUAGCUGAAUCAAUUCUCCACUAUGCCACUACCAACAAAACAAUACAACAAAAACACGACGAAAUAUCAAUAACACUUAAGGUCCUUGAGAAGAAAUCACCAUGCAAUUUCUUAGUCUUUGGACUUGGAUUAGAUAGCUUAAUGUGGAGUUCACUCAACCAUAAUGGACGAACCGUCUUCAUCGAAGAAAAUAUACAUUGGAUCCAAAAAAUUACUAAAGAAGUACCUUCACUAGAAGCUUAUCAUUACAUUUAUGACACUAGACUUGAUCAAGCUCCUGAACUUCUAAGUAUUGGUAAAAGAGAAGAUUCUUGCAAAAAAAACUUAGGUGAUCCAAGAAAUUCUAAGUGUCCACUUGCCCUAACAAAUAUGCCAAAAGAAGUGUAUGAAAUUGAAUGGGAUUUAAUUAUGAUUGAUGCACCAACAGGUUCAUUUUAUAAUUUACCAGGGAGGAUGAAAGUGAUAUAUACUGUUGGAUUAUUGGCUAGGAAUAGAGAAAGUGGAGAAACUGAUGUGUUUGUGCAUGAUUGUAAAAGGUAUGUUGAAGAUAAAUUCUCUAGGAAUUUUCUUUGUGAGGGAUACAUUAGAGGACAAGUUAGAAAUCUUAGGCACUUCACUAUCCCAAGUUAUAGAAGUGGUUUGGUCAAGUCCUUUUGUCCUUGACUCCUAGUCUUGUCACACUGUGUUUUGUAAUCUUUCAAUUAUCAUAUAGUUUUACAUUUACACGAAAGAGGAUCUGUCUUGUUGAAAGCUAAGAAUACGUGUAUUUUGUUUA